ACACAGCGGGCAUGGAACAAUUCACGGCAAUGCGUGAUUUAUAUAUUAAGAAAAGUCACGGAUUUAUGCUGAUUUAUUUAAUAGCUGACCAAUCUACUUUUAAUGAUUUACAGGACAUACGACAGGGUAUACUUAGAGUUAAGGACACAGACGACGUGCCUAUGAUUUUAGUGGGUAUUAAACGCAAACGAAAAGACAAGAGGGUGGUUGACAUUGACCAGGUUGCUAAGUUAGCUAAAUCAUUCAAUGACUGUGCGUUUAUCGAGCUGACCAGUAGGGAUCAUGAUCAUGUGAACGAGGUGUUUUACGAACUGGUCAGACAGGUGGAUAAGAAACUGCCUGAUGUAACACAAAACGAUUCUACAAAACAAUCUAGAUUUUUGAUG